GAAUAGCAAUUAAAGCACAAGACUGAAACACAAAGAAGGGUCAAGAAGAAUGGAAGAAUCAUCAACAGAGGAAGAGGAAAAGGUUGCUGAGAGGACUGCCACAUUCUAUCUUUACCAUCCGUGCUAUUUUCUUGAAGAAGCACUCAGAACUCUCUUCAAAUGUCUAGGGUUUGAGAUUGGAUCUUCUAUGGUUAAACCUAUUUCAGAUUCAGAAGAGGAUCCUAUAACCCCAGAAAACACUUCAAGCAACGACCAGAAUUGUUCUCAAGAAGUUCCCACCAUUACCGAAGAAACUGCACACCAGGAACCAACUACACAAAGCUUCAAACUUACUAGGCGUGAUUCUCGAAGGUCAAAACUUACUCCAGGAUCACCUCCUCAGACUAAUUAAUGCUUGGUGAUCACGAUUGCUCUAUGAUGUUAUCGUCUAGUCUAAACAAAAGUCUCCAUAUGUUUGCUUUCUGUAGCUAUUUCAGCCUCUCUCUCUUUUUUCUUUUUUUAGUGCGCCCAAGGGUAUCCUCAUCCUCUUUGCGGUGAGACCAAUCCCAACAGUGCAUUGUCAGUCCCUUGUGGGGUAACACUACCCAAUCCGUUUUUCUUAUACACAGGACUUGAACUCGAGACCAUUGGUUAAGGAAACUCAGACACCUUCCAUCUGAGCCAAAAGGUUUGGGUAUCUCUCCUUUUUCUUUGAGUCAGUGCUUGUGUGAAAGAAAGUUGUAUGUGAGUGGAAAGUAACUAUCUAUGCAUCUAUAGAAAGGUACCAUGUAAAUCCAUAUGAAUGCCAAGCUUGUGCUUUGGUAUUCUGCUACAUAGAAUAAUAC